AUGGGCCGUCCACAGUCUGGGCUUGAGCUUCCUCAGCAACGGUUGUAUCAUCGGAGGUAUCUUAUUGUAAUGGACGACAUGUGGAGUAAGAAAGCUUGGGAUGAUGUAAGGAUGUUGUUUCCUGACUCAGGUAAUAGCAGUUGGAUCAUAGUAACCACAAGGCUGCAUGAUGUGGCUGCUUAUGUCGACUCUUCUAGUUCCAUUCAUACUAUGAGUGUGUUGGAUGCACAUCAUAGUUGGAAUUUGCUAGAGCAGAAGGUGUUUGCCGGUACAUACUUUCCUAUUGAACUAAAAGAUAUAGGGAAGAAAAUUGUUCAAAAUUGUGGAGGACUCCCCCUUUCAAUCGUGGUGGUGGCAGAACUUCUAUCUAAGGUUUAUACUCGAUCCUCAUGGGAGCAAAUUGCUGCAAAUGACGAGCAGCUUGAAUCAAUAAUUGGUUUUGUAACACUUUCAAAUGGAUCUAAAAGCUUAGAAGAGGAGGCAGAAGAUUGUUUUGAGGAUCUUGUCGAGAGAAGUCUAGUUUUGGUCGCCAACAGAAAGUUUGAUGGGAAAAUAAAGAGUUGCAGCCUUCACGAUAUUGUGCGGGAAUUUUGCGUAAGGCAAGCUGCAAAAGAGAAGGCACUUUCGCUGGCAAGAGACUUGGUGUACAGUAAAAGAAUGGUGGAAAUGAUUCCAAACAUUAAAAAGCUGGGAAUAUGUUACUCCAAGGAGAAGUUUGAUGCGAAUGCGGGCUAUUGCCUCGACAAUCUUAAUUUGUUUUGUCAACUUGAGAAAUUGAAAUUGGAGAUGAGUGGAGGUUUUUUAUCGAGACAACUUGUUGAAACUGGAGGUAUAAAGUUUCCUCUACAACUGAGAAGGUUAACCUUGAUUGGUGGGAAGCUUCCUUGGAAUGAAAUGACCAUCAUUGGUUCAUUACCUAAUCUUCAAGUGCUUAAACUAAGAAACUAUGCUUGCAAAGGCACUUACUGGAUGACAAUUGAGGGAAAUUUUCGUGAGCUGAGAUUCUUGCUAAUUGACCGAUCAGGUUUGGUUGAUUGGAUAACUGAAGCUAGCCACUUCCCGAGUUUUGAAUUUGUUGGAUGA